AUGACGAUUUUCGGGAUAGGAAGACCCAAAAAUGCAAGUGUCAAUGUGCCAGUUAGCUCUAGAAUUUUAGUACCUCUACAAAAUACUGAUGUUGAAUCUGAUUAUGCAUAUUCAGAUGAAUUGCCUGAUGAAGAUGUUCAAUUUGAUAAAGGAGAAAACAAUGGUCAGAAAAAUAAUAUCUAUGAAGAGUAUGAUGAAGGUAAAAACAAGAAUUUGCCUAGAUUUGCAUUAGGGAUGAAGUUUAAGAAUUUCAAGCAAUUAAAAGAAGCUUGUAGGGAAUUGGGUAUUAGAAAAAGAAGGCAGUUACGUUUUAAGCCCAAUGAUCAACAAAGGGUGGUUUGUAUUUGUAAGGUUGAUGGCUGCCCCUUUAGAAUUAAUGCUAGUAAAGUGAAUAAGCGCGAUCCAACUGUUCAAAUCAAGUCACUUUAUCUAAAACAUAAAGGUGCUAAGGUGUUUGAUAAUUUCCACUUAUCUCCUAAGUACAUUGCUAGAAAGUAUUUGAAUAUUUUUAAAGCUGAUCCAGGUUGGAACAUAAGUGGUAUUGUUGAAAUAGUAAGGAAGGACUUUGAUUAUACUAUAGAAAAUUUGAAGGCUUGGAGGGCUAAAAGUCAAGCAUUAAAAUGGAUUUAUGGUGAUGAGGGUCUUCAGUAUGGCAAGUUACUAUCGUAUAGAGCUGAAUUAUUGAGAUCUAAUCCUGGAUCUAACGUUGUAAUUUGGAGAGAUGGGGGAAAAUUCUUGGGAUUUUAUGUGUGUCUGGGAGCACUUAAGGAAGCUUUUAAAUCGGGUUGUAGGCCAUUAAUUAGCCUAGAUGGUUGUUGGCUAAAAGGCACAUACGGAGGAAAUUUAUUAUCUGCCGUGGCAAUAGAUCCAAAUGAUUGUAUAUUUCCAGUUGCUUAUGCUGUGAUAACUGAAACAAAGAGUAAAGAAACAUGGAGCUGGUUUAUUGACAAUCUUGGAUAUGAUUUAGACAUCAGAAAUAGUCACCACAUUGCCUUUAUGUCUGACAGGCAAAAAGGUCUGAUUGGAGCUGUAAAAGAUUUGUUUCCGGAAGCUGAACAUAGAAAUUGUGUUAGACACAUGUAUCAGAACUUCAAGCAAAAACAUAAAGGCAAAGCUUUGAAGGAUUUGGUAUGGAAUGCUGCUAGGGCAAGCAAUAAGGUGAUCUUCCAAAAAUGCAUUGAAGCACUUGAUCAAGAGGACAAAGCGGCAAGAGAGUGGUUCAAUAACCCAGAAAGGCCAUUUCAAAGUUGGACUAGAGCAUUGUUUAGAACAAAUACAAAAUGUGAUAUGUUACUCAACAACUUGUGUGAAAGCUUUAACAGGUAUAUACUUGAUGCUAGAGAUAAAGCUAUUAUUACAAUGCUAGAAAUGAUAAAAAACAAGUUGAUGAAAAGAAUGUACAAGAAAAGAGAGUGGAUUGCAAAGUCUGAUAGUUCAAUUUGCCCAAAAAUUGUGAAAAAAUUGAACAAGAUUAGCAAGAAAGCAAUUUGGUUUAAAACUGAUUAUUCAGGGGGACCAAGAGUCUCGAUAGAUGGUCCUGGUGGAGUUAAUAUUGUUGACAUGAAGGCAAAGAGUUGUACAUGUAGAAGAUGGGAACUUACUGGACUACCAUGUCCUCAUGCAUAUGCAUGUAUUAUUGGAAAUAGUGAAAGAGUGGAGGAUUAUGUGGAUACAUUCUACACAAUUGAAACUUUCAAGAAUGUAUAUUCACAUUACAUAAAUCCAACAAAUCCAGAAGAUCACUGGCCUGAGGUUGUGGAUUGUGGAGAGGUAAUACCACCUAAAAUUGUGAAGAAAAAGCGAGGAAGAAAGCCCAAAUCAAGGAAAAAAGAGCCUGAAGAAUUAGAGAAGAAAAAGAAGGCUGAAGCUGUAGGAAAAGCUGAAAAAAGAGCUGAGCAGAAGUCUGAAAAAAGGCGACCUCAAAAGUUAUCCAAAAAAGGUUCUACGCAGGUUAUGUGUUCGAUUUGCAAAAAGUAUGGACAUAAUGCAAGAGGACAUUAUAAAUUUGUCAAAGCCGGAGAAUCAUCUUCAAGCCAUUAUUUGGAGGCUAUAAGUCCAGCUGAAGAAGCUUCAAAUGACAGGGAUUAUUUAAAUAUGUAUAGCCCGGAGAUGUGGAAUAAUAAUCACCAAGGAUUGAAUUUGGCAUAUCAGUCGACCAUAACUCAGGCACCAAUUGAAGAACAGGUAACAGUUGUUCAAACUGAUGUAGUGGCUGCUCAAGGUGUUGAUGAAGUUGCAAUUAAAGGCAUCGAAACUACUAGACUAUCUCAUACUUCUAAGAGAGGCAGACUCUUUAAGAGAAAAGUCAUGAAGGAGUACAUUGUUGAAGUUCAGAAGAAGAAGAAGAAGAUUGGAAAUCAUAGCAAAGUAUAGAAAUUAUCUUUGUAAUUUUUUGUGGUUAUGUGAGACACCUAUUACAACACUAUAUAUUGUUGUCGUUCUUUUUUUUGUUUGCUAACAAUGGUGCUCAUAUCAGCCUAGUAUGUAAUAUAUUUUUUAGAAAUGCUCUAAUGUUACUUGUGUUUUGCUUAUUUAUAUUGGAA